UUCAGUCAUAACAAACUCUUCAACCAGUAUUUGUCUCAAAUUUUUAUCUAAGUCGAUACAUUCAAAAAAAUUGUGUUACAAUGUGGCAUGUGAAGGACGCCGCUGCUUUUUUAAAAUUUGUACAAAACACAAAAUCGUUUGACAAAGUUUUAAAAAAUGUAAAUAUUUUAUCCUUAGGCGCCGGAAAAUGUACAGCUGAAUUAAAAGUGGAUGAAGAACAUACUAAUCCUAUGGGGGGAUUACAUGGGGGCCUCUCAGCCACUUUGGUAGACUGUGUGUCAACAUAUGCAUUGAUGACUAAAAUACCUGCAAGACAUGUGUCUGUGGAUAUACACAUGAGUUAUUUGAAAGGGGCAAGUAUAGGAGAUGACAUCUUAAUCGAAGCCGACGUGGUGAAAAGUGGCAAAAGUUUAGCAUUCUUGGAGGUUCAAAUAAAAAAUAAAAAGACAGGAGACAUACUCGUCAAAGGUUCUCAUACCAAAUUUAUAAUGUCGUAAUUGUGGCUACCAACCUAUUGAAAUAAAUAAUAAUUAAUGGAAACAUUAA